AUGCAGAGAUUGUUCUUUAAGGGUAUUGAAGUUUCUUUAAUUGCCCCAGGAAAGGAUUUAUCAACUUCAACAGGCAUACAACUUAUAAAACAUCAAAUAAAAGUUACACAAGAAAUUUCAAUUUUAAGUCAGUUAGAACAUGAAAACAUAGUUCGUUAUCUUGGAACAGACAAGGAUGAUAGCAACCUCUAUGUUUUCCUUGAACUUCUUCCUAAAGGUUCACUUGCGAGUCUUUAUCGCAUGUAUCGACUUUAUGAUACCCAGGUUUCUACAUACACUAAGCAAAUUUUGAGCGGAUUACAUUAUCUUCACUCACUCAACGUGGUUCAUAGGGAUAUAAGGUGUGACAAUAUACUGGUAGGUGUGAAUGAUUCCGUGAAACUUGCAGAUUUUGGGUUUGCAAAGGUAAUAACACAACUGAAUGACAUCAAAUCCACGAAAGGAAGCCCACGCUGGAUGGCACCAGAGGUUGUGCGGAAAAACAAUAAUGGCUAUGGGCGUGCUGCUGAUAUUUGGAGCCUUGGGUGUACCGUUUUAGAGAUGUUAACCGGGCAAUUUCCAUACUAUGAGUUAGAAGGGGUGCAAGCACUGUUCCAAAUUGGUAGAGGUAAACUCCCAACUAUACCUGAGGAUUUGUCAGAAGAUGCUAAGGAUUUCAUUCAUAAAUGCUUACAAGUUAACCCAAGUGAUCGGCCUACCGCUGCUGAACUAUCGGACCAUCCAUUUUUGAAGACAGCAAGUCCUUUGUCUGAUGUGUAUUAG